AUGAUUCAAGGGCCAACUGAAGCACAAAGAGAAGCAAUAAUUCCGCUAAGGUCCAUUCCAAUCUUCAUCGAGCUGGCGAGACCUCGAGUUACGAGCUGUCGAGAUAUCGAGCUACCGUACGUAAGAGGUAUCGUUCAGGACUUAGUCAAGGUCGUUCGGCGUAGUCCCGAGAAAUCCGGAGUUAGUUGCUCGGUGGAGAUCCCACUAAAUCCGGAGCACGUGCAGCAGGAGAUCCCGAAGAUCAUGGAAGCAGGCGAGAUACAAGCACUCGCAGGAGAACUAUAA